AUGGCGAAGGAUCUCUUCAGAACCCCAGUCUGGAGGCUGGAUAAGUUCAUAGAGGAUCACCUCCUUCCUGACACCACAUUUCUUACUGAGGUCAGAGCAGACAUGGAGUCCAUAAGUGCUUUCCUGAUGGAGAGAUGCUUCCAAGGUGCCGCCCACCCUGUGAGGGUCUCCAGGGUUGUGAUGGGCGGCUCCUACAAUGAAUAUACCGUGCUCAAGGGUAGGUCAGAGGCAAACCUGGUGGUAUUCCUUAAAAAUCUCAGCAGCUUUGAGGAUCAGUUAAAGUGGCAGCAAGUGUUUAUUGAGGAAAUUCAGAAACACCUGUGGCAGUUGCAGCAAGAGAAGCAAUUUAAACUGAAGUUUGAGGUCCAGAGCUCAGAGCAGCCCAACUCCAGGUCUCUGAGCUUCAAGCUGAGCUCCCCUGAGCGCCAGCAGGAGGUGGAAUUUGAUGUACAGCCAGCCUAUGAUGCCCUGUAUGAAGUGAGAAAUUGCCAGCCCUUUGAUCCCACUAACUACAACAAAAUCUAUGUCCGACUCAUCCAUGAGUGCACCAUACUGAAGAAGGAGGGCGAGUUCUCCAUCUGCUUCACGGACCUCCAUCAAAACUUCCUGAGGUAUCGAGCACCCAAGCUCUGGAAUCUCAUCCGUCUGGUCAAGCACUGGUAUCAACUGUGUAAGGAGAAGCUGAGGGAGCCGCUGCCCCCACAGUAUGCCCUGGAGCUGCUCACAGUCUACGCCUGGGAAUGCGGAAUCCAAGACACCUCUGGACUACAUACAGCCCAGUGCUUCCGAACUGUCUUAGAAUUGAUCACUAAGCAUCCAUGUCUUCGAAUCUACUGGACAUGGUGUUAUGACUAUAGACAGGAGAUCUCUAACUACCUGCAAAGGCAGAUCCAAAAACCCAGGCCUCUGAUCCUGGAUCCAGCAGACCCAACAAGGAACGUGGCUGGUUCAAACUUACAAGCCUGGGACCUGCUGUCAAGAGAGGCUCUGAUCUGGAUACAUUCAAAUUUUUUUAGGAACUGUGAUAUGUCCUUUGUGAAUGGCUGGGAAGUGUCGCUGCCUUAUCCUCCAACAGUGUUCUCUGGGAGUCAGACUCUGAAGGACAGAGAAGAACGCAAGCUUGACUUCCAUCUGUCCACCUGUUGGGAGAUUCUGUCCAAAAAAAUGUCUGAUGUGUACUCAUCUCACAAAGAAACUGUUCUGCAGUGCAUGUAGCCCUGGGGUCCUGGGAAUCUGGCCAGUGUUCAUCAAUGUGCACUGUCUCUUCAACAUGCAGGCUGGGGUUAGGACAACUCAGGAAAAUAAAA